AUGGGGUGUGGCGGUGAUCAGGAUGCUGGUAUGGGGUAUGGCAGUGAUCAGGACACUGGUAUGGGGUAUGGCAGUAAUCAGGAUGCUGGUAUGGUGUAUGGCAGUGAUUAGGGUGCUGGUAUGGAUUAUGGCGGUGAUCAGUAUGGUAGUAUGGGUUAUGGCGGUAAUCAGGAUGCUGGUAUGGCAUAUGGCGGUGAUCAGGAUGGUAGUAUGGGUUAUGGCGGUGAUCCGGAAUCUGAUAUGGAGUAUAACAGUCAUCAGUACACUGGUAUAGCAUAUGCCAGUGAUCAGGAUGCUGGUAUGAUGUGGCUGUGAUUAGAGUGCUGGUAUGGUGUAUGAUGGUGAUUAGGGCCCUGAUAUGGUAUAUGGCAGUGAUCAUGGUGCUGGUAUUGUGGUUAUCAGGACUCUGUUAUGAGGUAUGGCAGUGAUCAGGACGUUGGUAUGGUGUAUGGCGGUGUUAGGUGUUAUUUUG